CUCUCGGUAAAUUAACACGCGGUGCUUAAGGCACGGAUAAAAAUAUUGAAAAAUGGGUCGUAUGCAUGCUCCUGGUAAGGGUAUUUCCCAAUCCGCACUGCCGUACCGUCGUUCGGUUCCAUCGUGGCUGAAGUUGAAUGCCGAGGAUGUGAAGGAGCAGAUCAAAAAGCUCGGCAAAAAGGGCAUGACACCGUCGCAGAUCGGCAUCAUUCUGCGAGAUUCGCACGGUGUGGCCCAGGUGCGGUUCGUGAACGGUAACAAGGUGUUGCGUAUUAUGAAGGCUGUCGGCCUGAAGCCCGAUAUUCCGGAGGAUCUGUACUUCCUGAUCAAAAAGGCCGUUUCGAUCCGCAAGCACCUGGAGCGUAACCGCAAGGACAUUGACAGCAAGUUCCGUCUAAUUUUGAUCGAGUCCCGCAUCCACCGUCUGGCCCGCUACUACAAGAUCAAGGCUGUCCUGCCGCCAAACUGGAAGUACGAAUCGAGUACCGCUUCUGCUCUGGUUGCUUAAGCCCCCACCGUGCAAGAGUGAAGUACAGUGUGUCGUGGCAAAUGGUUGGCUCAACCAUUUUCAACUUUGGAAUGUUGAAAUACAGUAAUACAUAAACUGCUGGCGCCCGUGGGGUGUUGGCUUUCUCCA